AUGUCAUCCUUUAUGCACAGAAGAACCUCUCACUCUCCAUUUUCCAUUUCACCUCAUUCUUCAACCAAUUCUCAAAGACCCAUGUCCAUUUUCAGCCCCACCACACUCCUAGUCCUCUUCUCUCUCGUUCUUGUCAUGGGUUUCUUCUCCCCUUGGGUGGCCAUGCCCCAAGGUAUCAUCUUUUCAACUUCCAAACCUGCUAUCUCCAAAUGGGGUCUCUACACAUUGCCACAAGCACUCUCCUUUGUGGCCAAGAAUGGCACUGUCAUUGUCUGCAUUGUGAGCCAACCCUACUUGCCAUUCCUCAACAAUUGGUUGAUAAGCCUCACCAGGCAAAAGCAUCAAGACAAGGUCCUUGUCAUCGCUGAGGACUACCCUUCACUCUAUAAGGUCAACGAGCGUUGGCCUGGCCAUGCUGUACUCAUUCCACCUGUGCUUGACGCUGAUGCUGCCCAUAAGUUUGGUUCUCAGGGUUUCUUCAACUUUACAGCCAGGAGGCCACGCCAUCUGCUGAAUAUUUUGGAGCUUGGAUAUAAUGUAAUGUACAACGAUGUUGAUAUGGUUUGGUUGGCUGAUCCAUUUCCUUAUCUGCAAGGGAAUCAUGAUGUGUACUUUACAGAUGAUAUGACUGCAAUCAAACCAUUGAACCACUCUCAUGAUUUGCCACCACCAGGAAAAAAGGGUCGCCCUUACAUAUGUAGUUGCAUGAUUUUCCUUCGGCCUACUGAUGGGGCAAAGUUAGUGAUGAAAAAGUGGAUUGAGGAACUUCAAAUUCAGCCAUGGUCUAAAACCAAGAAAUCUAAUGAUCAACCUGCUUUUAACUGGGCUUUGAUGAAGACUGAAAAAGAGGUGGAUCUUUACCUGUUGCCCCAAGCAGCAUUCCCUACAGGAGGACUAUAUUUCAAGAACAAAACAUGGGUUAAGGAAACUAAAGGAAUGCAUGUUAUAAUUCACAAUAACUAUAUCAUAGGUUUUGAGAAGAAAAUAAAGCGAUUUCGUGACUAUGGACUCUGGUUGGCGGAUGAUUAUGCAUUUGAGUCCCCUCUAGGUAGGUUAUGA